AUGUCAUUUCGUGAAUUAAGAAAUUUAUGCGAAAUGUGCCGGAUCGUUGGUUUUCCCCGUCCAAUUUCUAUCGAUUCUUUCCGAGAACCGAAUUUCGCGCUUGUCGCCGAGCUUUUAGAGUGGAUUGUGCUACGCUUUGAGCCAAACGCGCUCAUCUCAGCGAAAUGUGGAACUGAACAGGAAAGAGUGAUUUUCAUCAAAAGUGCCGUGCUUUUACUCCUGCAAAACGCGAGGAUCAAACUGAAUCCGAAAAAGUUGUACAUGGCAAACGGCUUGGCUGUGCAAGAACUGAUCGCCCCGUUGAAAGUCCUUUCGUUAGCCGAUCGGGGAACGACAGCCGACGCUCACUCUGUUUCAAUUCCAGUGAUUCGGACAAAAUUAGCCACAAAAAUGCAAGAAGUUCGCCAGUGUGCCGUCUUGGCCUCACAACUUCCGCAAACCGGCGCUGCUCUCAGCAAUUUGCUCGAUCGAGAGCUCUUCUUUCGGGCGGAGAGAUCAAGAGCCGUUUCCCGAUCGCUUCCUCCAUCGGCUGCUGAGGGAGCACUCCGAAAUGCGACCACAGCUUUAGCUGGAUUAGCUGGACAGAUUGAGGAGCGACUGAACAACGUAAAUUCUGACGAGAGAUCGCUCGAUGAGAAAAUCGAUCGAAAAAGAAGAGAAUAUGAGCAAUUACAGAAACGACUUGCCAAGUUACAGUCUUUCCGCCCUCAAUACAUGGAUGAGUACGAGAAAUAUGAGGCGAAAUUGAAACAACUCUAUGAAAUUUAUGUACUAAAAUUCCGGAAUCUCUCCUAUUUACAAUUGCAAAUGGUCGAAAUGGAGAGAGCGGAUCGGCAAAGACAAGCUGAAACGGAGACAAAUAUGAGACAAGUGGUUGAAAAGAUGCGCUCCGAAACGGCGAACCAUGCUCCACCAAUCGAUGUCUCUGAGCUCGAUGAUGAACCAGAAGCAAUGCGACCAACUGGAGGCGCUAGAAAAAUCUACGGUAACAUGAUCGGUGCUGGUCUUUCGGAUGAGGAUGAAAGUGAUGAAGAAGCGAUGGCAAGUGAUGGAGAUGAAGGUGGAUUGGAGAUGAAUAUUGAUCGGACAAGAGGAGCAAGAUCGGAGAAUGGACAAGAGAGAGCGAUUGGGGCAAGGGGGAAACGAACGAUGCAGCACGUUGAACUUGAAGACGUCGAUGAUGAAGUCGAUGAUGAAGUCGAGCACAAAGAUGGUGACAGUGGCGAUGAUUUU